AUGGGUGUUAAAAGUGAUUUCAAAGCUGCAAACUCAGCAUCGAAUGUCAAUGUCACAGCUACAAAGAAAGAUAUCUCAGUCGAAACAGCGCCCAAGCGGGAUUACAAAGACGAUGUGAUUGAGGAUCUUAACUGCGACUUGAAAAAGCUGCAGAAGUCGCUCACAUGCGUCAUCUGCCUGGAGAUGCUUUUUGAGCCGUACACGCUUCAGUGUGGGCAUGUGUUUUGUUACACGUGCGUGCUAGACUGGUUAGGCCAGGCCCAUAAAAUGACUUGCCCCGAAUGCCGAAGUGUUGUCAAAGUCCAGCCGGCGCCAGCUUACCUGAUUAAAGAUAUGAUCGAAGUAUUUGUGUUGCGUGCCGAACUUACAUCGCCUAAUGGGAGUGGCUUAGAGUUACGAAAACAGCAGCAAGAGGCCCUCAAAGCAGUUGAAAGAGAUAAAGCUAAAAAAGAAAGACCCAAGAGUAAGGAUGGAUAUCGGAAUCGUAGGUGCGAGCACUGUGGCGGUAGAUUUCGGCGUUUGUCUCGCUAUGGGGAUUUUUCGGAUGAUGACGAUGAGGAUGAGGAUGAGGAUGAGGAUGAGGAUGAUGACGAUGAAGAUGAUGACGAAGACGAUUCUGGGUCCGAGACUGACACCGAUCACGAGAGAAGACAUCCACUAUUUGAAUCAAGUGACGAGAACGAAUUGGAGGAAGUUGACUGGGAUGCGGCCGAUGCGAUUCACAUGUUUGCUCGCAACCACCUCCAAGGUCACUUCGACGAAGAUGAGGAUGAGGAAGAUGACGACGAGGAGGAGGACGAGGAGGACCACAGAAACAGAAUGCGGGAUUCCUCAGAAUCAACAACUGGUGGGAGAGACGAACCAAUCAUUCUCGAAGAUGGCUCUGAUACCGAUGAGGGAACAAGAAAUGUUCAAAGACCACCUAGGGUUGUCCCCCACGCCGGGCGGAGAGCGAGGCAUAGGGCCACUAAUCAUACGGAAACAAGUGAAGACGAAGGAAGUUUAGCAGAUUUUAUAGAGCAUGACACACCCGAGGUUCGAAGAGGGAGACCAGUACCUGGAAGAAAUGGGGCAGGGACACGCAACAUUUUUAGCAACAGCCCUGUGGUCAUUUCUUCAUCUCCAGCAAUCAUAGCACCCACUCGAAGAAAUGCAAGGAGGACUGUUAUCGAUGACGAAGAGGAGGACAAUGAAUCCUCAGUCUCAGAAGCAUCUUUAAUACACCCGCGACGUGACUAUAGCCAACGGCGCGGGCCCAUCGCAUUGCCUAGUGAUAAUGAUGAUGAUGAUUUGGAGACACUAGGACACAAUAUGGGAUAUACACCUUUGGAUUACACAGCUAGCGAAAACGAAGAUGACUCGUUUGUGAGUCCGUCAUCCGGCGGAGGAACCCACACAAAUGUUGCCAGUCAUAACACUGGCUCUGGUAGUGUUUUCAGUGUUCCGGAAGAGGAUGAGGAAGAUGAUGGGGAUGAUGAUGAAAGUGAAGACCAGGAUGGCGAUGUGAGGAUGGGUGGGAACGAGCAAAGAAGGAGAAUUCCCAGUAGUCAAAGGGCUGUGAGGAACAGAACUAGAAGCAGCCGCCCUCACGCUAUAGAGGAUGAUAGUGAGAGCGACUCUGAUGCUCCCACGACAAGGCGAAGACGAUUACAGGCCGCCGGUAGUAUGAGUAACUAUCGCCGCGGUGAAACGAGUAGCUCCCGCAACUGGUCUAGCCGAAGACAAAGAGAGAUUGUCCCGGCGUUCUUAAAUAUGUUCCAACAACACAGUCAGGCAAUGACCGAAGGCCGAUUGGAAAGUUUAGGUUCUAUGAACCCGAGCGUUAGCCCUGCCAGGAGCGCAACACCAGUGCAGAGAAAUUACACUGGCGGGUCAUCGUCUAGGGCCACAAGAUCUACAAGGGAAUCUGCACGGGAAUCAAGAGAAUCAACGAGGGAACUAACACCUGUGCAAGCAAUGGGACAGGGCUCCCCGCCUCCGCCAUUUUCACCAAUGUUUCAGGGUAUUAGUUCAAGUUUGGCAUCAAACAGUCCAGUACCAAACAGUCCCGCACCCAGUAAUUCGCAAAUACAAAGCCCACGCCUAGGCGCUGAAGCACGUGCAGGAAGCGAAGGUGGUCCUAGCAGUCAAACGCCUUUACAGUCACCAAGACCUGUUCCGAUUACAAUCGGAGCCUCCCCGCAAGCCAGUCGCAUGCGCACUAGGAAUUCAAGACAACAGCUCCGAGGGACCACAAGCCGCUCGGGUCCUCGUCUAGGCAGUGCUACAACUACACCUAAUAUCUCACAGCCAGCGCAGCUUCAAGGAGUUACAAGUACGGCAGCGGCCCAUGGACGGCACCAGGGCGCUAGGCCACCAAUCUUGACCGCUGCGGCAUCAAGAGGUAGGAGAGGCACUCCAUUGACAACAGCGGAUAUUCGUGCGCGAGGAGAGGCAAUGCUACGACAAAGACAAGAGGCGGCCGAGUCAGCCAACGGCUUAGGAAGAAGGAGCAGCAGGAGGAAUCUAUCAUCAAGUACGACAAACGGUGGCGGAAGCUCUGCGCCAGCACCGCUUGUCACCGUAGGAAGGAUAGGCUCCAAUACCUUGCAAGGUAACGGAAGGAGAGUAGGGGCAGUUAUUGGGGGUGCACCAGGCCAAGGUGCGGGUGGCGGGCCAAUGUUGAUCAUUGACAAUGGUGACGAAUAG